AUGUCGCGGAUCGAGAAACUCUCCAUCUCCGGCGUCAGGUCAUUUAGCCCAGCCUGUCGUGAAGCCAUCCAAUUCAACACCCCACUUACCCUCAUCGUGGGCUACAAUGGCUCCGGAAAGACAACCAUCAUCGAAUGCCUGAAGUACGCGACAACUGGUGAACUUCCACCAAACAGCAAGGGCGGUGCCUUCAUUCAUGACCCAAAGCUCUGUGGCGAAAAAGAGGUUAUGGCCCAGGUCAAGCUUCAGUUCCGUUCCAUCAACGACCGUCAACAUGUUGCUACGAGAAGCCUUCAGUUGACAGUGAAGAAGACAACCCGCUCGCAAAAGACACUCGAUUGCUCCCUCGUUGUCCUCAACAAUGGCGAGAGGACCACCACCUCAACCAGACAAGCCCAACUCGACGAAAUGAUCCCCGAGCGACUCGGCGUCUCCCCCGCUAUCCUCGAUGCCGUCAUCUUCUGCCACCAAGACGAGUCUCUGUGGCCUCUCAGCGAACCUGCCGCCUUAAAGAAGCGAUUCGAUGAGAUAUUCGAAGCCCUAAAAUAUACAAAAGCCAUCGAAAAUCUCAAGGUUCUUCGAAAAAAGCAAGUCGAGGAACUGGGCAAGCUUCAAAACGACGAGGCCCAUAACAAGGUCAACAAGGAUCGUGGUGAACGUGCCGAAAAGCGCAUGACCGGCCUACAAGCUGAGAUUGAGGCCGCCCGGGAAAAAUGCGAGGCUAUCACAGCUGACAUGCAGGACACUCAAGAUAGAAUUAAGCAGAAGCACGAGCAAGCAAACAGCUUUUUGCGCAUUGUGCAAGACCUCGGCAACAAACGCGACCAGCUCGAAUACCGGCAAGAUGCCGUCAACGAGCUACGGCAGACAUUCAAGGAGCUUCCCGAGGACGACGCAUCGCUCGAGCGGCAACUCAUACAGUACGAGGAGAGUAUGCGCCGUCAAAACGAAGAGGCGCGCCGAAACAAGACACAAUACAGCGAACUUCAAGAAGACCUUUCCAAGUCUCGCAAAAGUCUUUCUAUCAAGCUUGCUGAGCAGGGUAAACACCAGUCGGAUAAAGAAAAGCACGAACGCCAGCUGAAGAUGCGAAUGGAAAUGGUGCAAGAGGCUGCUCAGCGCCAUGGCUUCCGCGGCUACGAUGACGAUCUGACCGAUGCGCUCAUCAAACAAUUCACUGAGAAGAUUCAAAAACUUUUGGCGGAAAAAAAGCGAGAUCUAGAGCGUCUGCAAAAAGAGAAUGCAGCGGAGCUUGACAAAGCCUCUGGUACCAUUUCAGAGCUCGAAGGUCUAAAGGCUGCUAGAACUCAAGAUCGCGUGUCCGCAAAGCAAAGGAUGGGUGCAAUCGAGCGGAGAACAACGGCGCUGCAGAACGAACAGUCAUCAAUAGAUGUCGACGAGGGUCUGAAGGCUGUUCUCGAUGGUCAGCUCGGAGAGCUGGAUAGCAAAUUUUCGCAAGUUCAGCAAGACUUUGAGACUGCAGCUUGGGACAAGCAAAUUUCAGACGAGAACACAAAGCUUGGGCAGCUUGAGAGUGAAAGCGAUAAACUGGGAAGAGAGCUCAUUGAAUGCACCCGCCUGGCAUCUGAACGAGCCCAGCUGGAUUUCAGAAGGAAAGAACUUUCCGACCGCAAGCUUAAACUUACUACGCUAACCGAGACCUGGAAAGCGAAACUGGACAAAGUCAUAGGCGGCGACUGGUCUCCAGAGGACCUAGAGCCCAAGUUUCAAACGCUACUCGCGGCUCAGAACAGAGCACUUCAGGAGGCUCGUCAACAACUAGAGCAGACCCGCCAAAAGCAAGCCAGAGUAGACUUCAAGCUCAAGACGGUCAAGGACGCCUACGAGAAAAAGCAGGCAGACCAGGAUGAAUGCAAGAAGCAAGUCCUCACGGCCCUUCAAAACGUUCGAGAUUCUGCCGUGAUAGAAGACUACACGGAAGAAGUAUCAGCAACAGAGCAACAAAUAGAGACUCUGCGAGAUGACCUCAGUCUCAUUGAUGCCCUCAAAGACUACUAUACCAAAUGCAAGCGGGCGCUUGACGCAAAGAAGACCUGUCUCCUUUGUGAUCGGCACUUUGACGACAACCAGACGGCUAGUAUCGACAGGUUGCGUGCCAAAAUCGACCGACACUUGAACUCAAAAACAAAGGUCGAAGCCGAGCAGGACCUGAGCGAGGCCUCAUCUACCCUACAAUCCCUUGUUGCCGUGCGAAGUCAGUACGAUACAUAUGAGAGAUUGGGCAAGGAACUUCCUGGGCUCCGUGAUGAGCGCAAGUCUAUCGAAAGCGAUUACGAGUCCACCGAGAGACUGCUUGAAGAACACGAUGCUGUCGUUGCUGCCGAGGAAGAAAAGCAGCGAGAUAUGGACGACAUGGCGAAGACUGUAAACAAUAUUGCGCAGACACUCAAGGAUAUUCAAGACUCCGAGGGUCAAGUCGAGCGCAUUGCCUCCCAGCAGCAGUCUGCUGGCACUGGCCGCAGUGCCGACGAGAUUCACGAACUGCAGGGCACUAUUUCAGAGCAGACGCGUACUUGCAAAAAUCGCGUUGCAAGACUCACAAACGACAGGCAACGGGCUCGUGACCAAAUUAGUGCCCUUGAGCUUGAGAAGAGCGAAUUGCGGAACAAGAUCAGCCUCACUUCAGGCCAGCUCGAUAAAAAGAAGGAUCUACUUAGCCAGAUACAGAGUCUCAAGGAGGAGCAGGCUCACCAACGCGAAACUAUCCAGCGUGCUGAUGAGGAGCUGGGAAAGGUCGAGCCUCGAAUCGUGGAAGCACGUUCUAUUCGCGAUGAGACUCUGAAGCGUGGGAGGGCAAAAGAGCAAACAAUAACCGACAAUCGAGAUUCUGUCGCCACGUCAAUCAACGAAAUUAAGAUGAUUGAAUCGGACAUUCAAGACUAUGAGGAUCGUGGCGGUGCCUCGAAUCUAGCCUCGAAUCAGAGGGCUAUUGCGACUCUAGAGCAGAACAUUACGACGACGGAAACAGAAAUUGCAGAGCUGACUGAACGGACCAACAAGCUGAAGCAAGACAUCGACAACGGUGACCGCACAAAGAUAAAUAUUAAUGACAAUCUCAACUACCGCAAACACCUGAGAACGCUCGAGGUUUUACGAGAGGAUAUUCAGGAGCUGGAAGAUCGGAAUGCCCAUGAGGACUAUGAGCGUUUGCAGGCCGAAGCACGUACACUCGAGAAUCAGUCCAACAGGCUCUUUGCAGAACGAGGCUCAGUCAUGGGAGCAAUGAAGACCAAAGACGAGGAGCUGGACCGACUUCUCAAGGAGUGGGAGAUGGACUACAAAGAUGCAAAGCAAAAGUACCGAGAGUCGCACAUCCGCGUAGAGACAACCAAGGCUGCAAUCGAGGACCUCGCACAGUGCGGCGCGGCCGUGGACAAGGCUGUAAUGCAGUUCCACGCGAUGAAGAUGGCUGAGGUGAACCGCAUCGCGGGGGAGCUGUGGCAGAGCACGUACCAGGGCACCGACAUUGACACGAUCUUGAUCCGGUCCGACAAUGAGGGCACGACGGGGCGGCGCAACUACAACUACCGACUGUGCAUGGUCAAGCAGGACGCCGAGAUGGACAUGCGCGGACGCUGCUCGGCGGGCCAAAAGGUGCUGGCCAGCAUCAUCGUGCGUCUCGCACUGGCCGAGUCGUUCGGCGUCAACUGCGGUCUCGUCGCCCUCGACGAACCGACGACCAACCUCGACCGUGACAACAUCAAGAGCCUCGCCGAGAGCCUGCACGCCAUCAUCCGCGCCCGUCAAGCCCAGAGCAACUUUCAGCUCAUCGUCAUCACCCACGACGAGGACUUUUUGCGGCACAUGCGCUGCAGCGACUUUUGUGACAGCUUCUUCCGCGUAAAGCGCGACGACAAGCAGAACAGUGUCAUUUCGCGCGAGAGCAUCACCAAGAUUUUCUAG